AUGUCGAAAAUGGGGACGAUUAAUUCGGAUACUGAUCCGGACACAGUUACAAUUUUACAUCGUCGUGGUCCAACGCAAAGAACACUGCGAACAACAGCGGAACUCAACGCAGCACAACGUCGUGGGAUGGCUAUUGAGACAUCGAAGAAAAUUAUGGCUGGUGGUAAUAGACAGCAUCAUGCGGCUAAGAAUACUUCAAGACUGGAUGAGGAAACUGAGGAGUUACAUCAUGAGCGUGUUUCGCUGACAUUUGGCAAAGUGAUGCAACAGGCGCGGCAGAGUAAGGCAUGGACCCAGAAAGAUCUGGCUACCCACAUCAACGAAAAGCCGCAAGUAGUGGCGGAGUAUGAAAAUGGUAAGGCUGUCCCUAAUCAGCAGAUUCUAGCUAAAAUGGAACGAGCGUUAGGUGUAAAGUUGCGUGGUAAGGAUAUGGGUCAGCCAAUGGCUAGCAAAAGCGUACCAGGUGUUAAAAAGAAGUGA